UCUGGUAACAUGAUUUGCCUGCUUCUCCAUGCUUUUGAAAAAAAACAUUUAAUGAAUUAGUGUAGCUAGGCAAUAGGGAUAGGUAUGCCAUACACACAUUUUAGGGGUUCUCACUCUUUGAGUGGUUCCAUGGCACUUAAUGAGGCUUAAUCCUACCACAUAGCCACCACUUUUCCCUUAAAUAACCAUUACUCUGUGUGUUAAGUGUUAGUAACUGUUAAUUGUAAGUAUGGGCUUAAUACUUAACCACCUCAAUAGGUUUAUGAGCACUGAAGUGGUUGCCUUCUCUAACUACCCAUUUUAUGCAUGUCAGUAUGCCACAUCGCUUCAGUUGUUGCCUUUUUGGGUAACUUUGUUGUACCAGAUGUUGCAAAUAUGAAAUAUGAAGUUGAAUUUUCCUCCGGGAAUGAAUUUCUGGAGACUCAGGGUAAGGACUUAUCCGACAAUGUGCCUGGUGGAAAGGACAAAACUUGUCCUGAACUGGAAGAAGGUAUGUGUAUCCCACUAGAACGGAGAAGAGAAAAGGUAAGUCGAACAGGUGGUUCAUGUUCAAAGAGAUCAAGGAUGUCUGAAUCAGAACAUUCCACAAGCCUAAAUGAACUAGACGAGUCAAAGGGUAUUUCUGAAAAGCUUGGAUCGCACCACAUAAAGAAGAAAAGUCAAUUUCCGAGGCAAAAGUGUCAUUCUACCAAGCGCGGAGAGAAAAGGAACUUUAAAGUGCCUUCUUCUAUGGCUAAAUAUGAUUCACGUUGUUUGAAAUUGGGUGCCUCAAUCUUUGGUUCUGCUUAUGAAGGGAACAAUUUAUUUGUUAACUAUGGUCUGAAGCACGAUAUUCAAGAUGUCACAAAGCUUAUGGAUGUGCCAUCAUUGGAUGAACUGCUUAGAGACACUUUUGACUGCCCCAGUUUGAGCAAAGAUAAAAGGAAGUUGACGUCAAAUACCAGUGGAUUUUUUUUUAAUUCAGUUAGAAAGGCUUGCUCUCUCCUGCAGCUCCCAAAGUCUGUCCAAUCCCAAAAUAUGGCGGAGAUUGAUAGCUCCUUUUACAAGAAAAUAUCCACUAGUCAAAUGAGUUCAGUUUGUGUUGUAGAAAGUAUUAGCAAUGGGGAUAAAGAGCAGUCUUUCACAUCAGAUAUGUCUGCAUGUCACAAGGAUCUUUGUGCUGAAAACGAAUGUCCCUCUAGUCCACUAGACUUUCCAUUAUAUCAACCUAAGAAUGUCUUGGAACGGAUUGCACUCCCUCCAUCCCAGGACUUGGAAUCUUUGCUUCUUGACGUGUCCAAGCUUGGUGUUCCUGCAAAGAAUAGUAAGAAUCUACUUCCAGGCAAGCAGGUAUCUCGUCAACCUAGCUUGCCAGCCUUUCCAUGGUCACAUGCUUUUGGAACCCAUUCUAGAAUUAAUUCAGACACUGUUAAGUUAUCAACAAAUAGAAGCACAUGCCAAGGUAAAUGGGCAAGGAUAGGUGUAAUUUCUAGCUCUACUGAUAUUGGUCGUGGUUGUUUCACAAACCUUGAUUCAUUCAGUUAUGAUCAGAGCCUUGUUCCUUCAACUGGUAGUUCAAACAAUAAAGUUUGCCCAUCUUCAUUUGCUAACGUUUCUCUCUGUCAGUGGAAUUCCUCAUCUCCUGAAACACAUUCUAAAGAUUCCAAGGCUACUGCAGGUGCGCACUGUCCAAGGUUAUUAGAAGCUGCACAGACCCUGUAUGAAAUUGCAAGUUACUCACCAAGAUGGAAUUCAUAUGGAACUAUAAGGUUGCAGAAGACUUCACAUAAGGCCAUGAAAGGUAAAAACUUAAAGCCAAGGACGGAGCCAAGGGGGGACCUACGGGUGCCACGGCCCCCCCAACAAUUUUAAUUUUUUUUUAUAUACAUAUAUAUUACUAUAUGGCACCCCCUAUUUUUAA